AUGAUUGAUAGUCGUUUCAGGCUGUGUAUCAAAAAUGUGGCAGAAAUACUGAAAAGCAAGGCUGCAACAGGUUACUGCCCUACGCGCGCCUCCAUCCCUGUGCCUCUCAGGCGCGUAGGCGUUUCGCACCCCCCCGAGGGCGGUGCGCGCCUCGGCGGGUUUGUUUGGCCUAGCAACGCCCGCGGGGCCGCGCGGGAGGCGGCGGGCAGCCCCGGGCGGGAGAGGAGAGCCGCCGGGCGGGAGAGCCGCCGGCCGCCCCUGCCCGGGCUUGCGGGCGGGGGCGCCCACCCCGCCGCCGGGAAGGUGGCGGCGCUGGACCCGGGCGCUCUCCUCGCCAAGCUACGCCGCGCCCGGCCGCCGCGCCCCGCUCCCCCCAGCCCGCGCCCCCCGUCCGGCGGAGGCUGCGCGCCGGGCAGGGCGGUGCCGCCGGGGGGAGCGGGCGGCCGCCCCCCGCGGCCGGCAGCCGCCGUGACGGACAAGGAGCCCGUGGGGCGGGCGGGCGCCAAGGGCCUGCUCAUCACCCUGCCCGACAUCGGGGAGGAGGCGGAGGAGAGCGACGGCGAGGAGGCAGCCCGCAGCCCCCCGCGUCCCGCGAAGGGACUGUCCAGAGGUUCCGCAAAUCAGUAUGUUUCUGGAAACAGUGGAGAGUCUCUUCCAGCAGUGUUUGAGAGAAAUGUGCAGGAAGCCAUCGACAAUUAUACUUGUGAAACGCUUUCGUCACUUUCAUCUAGUGGUUGUACAAGACCCACAGAGUUGAAUAAUUCUUGGUCUGGAAUAAACAGCUAUACUACUGGUUUGUCUACUGAAAGAAGUUCAGUUUACUCCUGGAGGGAUGAUGAAUUUGAUAAAGCCAACACACAGAGAGUGCAUCAGUUAUUUUGGGAGAUUGAUGAAAUGCUGUUUGAAGGAAAAGUGACCUCCCAAACUCAGAGCCUGCAGGCAGAAUGUGAAGACUGGGUUGAACAAUUUCCUCAUCUAAGGGUUCUAGGAAAGCAGCUACUAUUGCCGAAGGAUGAAGGCUUUCAGCAUUUUGAGAGCAGAAGUGAUACCUGUGUGGAUACUAAGUGUUUACCUGGCCUCCGUGAAUGUACUAGUAAUAUAAAAGAGCUCUGCAUUUCAGGCUCUAAACUGAUCCCAACAUCUCCAACACAUAAAUCGCUAUAUUCAAGUUCCACUAGGAUUUCUGCCCCUGCCUCAUCCAUGUAUUCAUUCCUAGAAGAAGAAAUCUAUGACAUAGAUGGAAAAAUAGAAGAAUAUCUUGCCUUUGACAACAAGGAGCUUGAUGAUGAGAGUUGGGAACAAAAGAAAAUGCUUCUUGCUGAGAAGAGGAGUAAGCGUGGCAUUCCCCCUGUUUCUCCUAAUGCCUGUAUCAAAGAUGCCGUGGCUUCUGAAGUAUUUGAUUGUAUCUGGAGCAAUGUAAUUGGAAUAUUGGAGGAACUGAUUAAAAAAAAUUGGGAAACUAAUAUCACAGAGUGUGGCAAACAGGUGGAAAGACUGAAAGCUGUUACAUCAAAACUGCCACAUUUGCCAGUCAUUCAUAUUACAGCAGAUGCUGGGAGCGUUCCUCUUUCCAGAGGCUCUGAAGCACGCAGUGUAUCUUUUGUUUCCUCGCAGAUUCACCGUUUCUCCAGCAACUUCUGUAAUGACUUGAAUGGUGUGAUGACAAUUCAAGCAAAACCACUCCAACAGAGGCAUGUUGCCACAGUUGAAAAAAUACAGAAUGAGCAAGAAGACAAACAGCAUAGCAUUGGCUCAGGUGCUCCAAAUUCAGUGCACACUAGGUUGGGGAGAAUUGCUGAUAACAGUAUUCUCUCAUCUCGGGUACUGCCGGCAUCUUCUAGGAAGUUACCAAGCCAUCGUAGGUUACCUUCUCUCACUUCUGACCAACUGUCCUCAAAAGCUCCUAAUCUGUACAGUGAUGAAAUCCUUAGGGGAACUAAAUUGGGUGCCAGCUUGGGUCAUUUAUCUUCUGCUCGUGCACCUAGAACCCGGAACAAGUUACCACCAAUAAACUCGGAGGCUCUUGAACAAUAUCUUUCAGUACCUCGAUUGCAACAGAGCUCUCAUCGAGGACGAUAUGCUCCUAGCAGAGUGUCAAGUGCAGUGCCUGGCAGUACAGAGCAACGGCCACUCAGAGAAAGAACUGUUAUUAUUGAUCAAUUGUCAAGGCCCAACACAAGUCAUACAUUCAGCGCACACACACCUCAGAAGAGAUCACUGACUCCCAUGGGUUUUGCUAACCACAGAGGGACAGGUCAAGGAUUUUUAAUAGGCUCACAACAAUUCUACAGAUCCUUUCAGAGAAAUCCUCUAACCUCAAGGAAGAGAUUUCAGAUUGCUUCUUAAUCCAGCUUAGGAAGAAACAGAAACCCCCUGCACUGAAUGGAAAACUGAAGCGCUAAAUUUGCUGGCUGGUAUCUGGUGUAACAAAGAACAUGUGCAGUAUACUGGUUUCUGCUGAGCGUAGCAAUCCUCAGGAUGCCUGCAUUGC